AUGUUUGCUGGUGGUAGGUUUGGGAUAGGAAAGGUUAUAAAGCCAUUUAGCGUAUUAACAUUUCUUCCAUAUGGGCAAGGUCCUCUUAGUGGAUUAUUACAGUUUCUAGUAAUAUGUUUCUUUUGGUGA